AUGCAUCACGGCGGCGGAGGUGGUUACGGUAGCGGGCCGCAGGAGCGCGUGCACCAGGCCCCGCGACCGACCCAGCCCGACAAGUGUCCCUAUGAGACCUACCAGGCGCAGAUCCCGGACUGCUGCGCGGCCGCGGUGGCGGCCCAAGAUCCGUAUCCCCGGCCGCCCAGCGGCUACGACGGCAGGUGCUACGACGAGUGCCAUCGCAGAACGCCGUAUCACGAGGAGUCCUACGCUCAGGAUGUAUCCUCGACCUUCCACCGGCCCCAAUCUAGACUGGGCUACGAGGAGCGUCCUCAGUCCCGGGUGGGAUACGCUUCGGAUUCCAGGUGCGCCAGCGGCCUCGGUUACGACGACACCGGUGGGGGUUACCUGGACCAGAGCGACCCGAGGAUGUAUUGCACCGGCGGCUAUUGCAUGGGGGACACGAUGAUGGCGACGAGCAGAGGCGUGUGCGGCGAAGAGGUCGAGCUCGAUAUGCGGAGGCACAUUCAGGCCUGCGCCUGCACAUGCAACCAUAUGGGCUAUGGGAAUUACAUGGACUAUCAGACCACGUGCCUAACAGAACUGCCAGACGUGGCGCCGUGCAACGGCACCGUGCGACUACCGCCGCCGUGCGAGGACUCGCCCAGUAGCGGCAGCAGCAAGGAUCGCCGAGACGAGAGUCCUCGCAGGAGGUGUCGGCUGUUGGCGCCUGUCUUGCUCCUAGUAGCCGCCCUGCUCCUUGGAGGCCUCUGUCUGCCGUUGCUUCUUCAAUCCGCGCCUGCCACGCACCAGCAGAGGCUGGACGUGAUCAGGAGGAUCCUCACUGAAGUGCCUCUGAUCGACGGGCACAACGAUUUGCCCUGGAACGUCAGAAAGUUCGUACACAAUCAACUUGGCGAGGUUAACCUGAGCAGCGACCUCGGCAGGGUCGACCCUUGGGCCAGAUCAGACUGGAGUCACACGGACAUCCCUAGAUUACGCGCUGGUCUCGUCGGUGCACAGUUUUGGUCCGCCUACGUUCCUUGCGGCGCCGCUCAGUUAAACGCAGUUCAACUUUCGCUGGAACAAAUCGACGUGAUUCGUCGACUCGCCGAAAUGAAUGCUCAACACUUAACCCUGGUUACCUCCGUCAAAGGUCUCAUCGAGGCGCAUAGAGAAGGUAAAAUCGCGAGUCUAAUCGGAGUGGAGGGCGGUCACUCCCUGGGAAAUUCUCUGGGUGUCCUCAGGACGUUUUAUGGCCUGGGAGCGCGAUAUCUCACCCUGACACACGCGUGCGAUACCUCCUGGGCAGUCUGUUCUGUUGGCGAGACGAACAACACUCAGGACUCCACGCCGGGCCUCAGCGAAUUUGGAAAAGCAGUUGUCAGGGAAUUGAACAGGCUGGGCAUGUUGGUCGACCUCUCACAUGUCUCGACAAGAACGAUGAGGGCGGCCCUGCAGACGACGAGGGCACCGGUGAUUUUCUCGCACAGCGCCGCCAGGGCGUUGUGCAACUCUACCAGAAACGUGCCGGACGACGUGCUCAGAAAUCUGGCUAAGAAUGGCGGAGUGGCGAUGGUCCCUUUUUAUACCUACUUCAUAACGUGUAACAGCACCGCUACCAUAAAAGACGUUAUUGCACACAUCAAUCACAUUCGAAAGGUGGCGGGGAUCGAUCACGUCGGGAUCGGAGCGGGUUUCGACGGAAUAAAUUUCACCCCCACCGGCUUGGAAGAUGUCUCGAGAUAUCCGCAACUAUUGGCUACCCUAUUGGAGGAUCCUUCUUGGACGGAAGACGACAUCAAGAAAUUGGCCGGCCUUAAUUUAUUAAGGGUAUUCGCGAAAGUCGAGCAGGUACGCGACGAGUGGCACAGGGCGGCGGUGUUACCCGUGGAGAAGAUCAGUCCGCCGGAUAACUCGGCCUGCGUCUACGGGGCGUCCUGAUCCUCUUUGAGGACACUGACGCCGGGAUUUCUCGACUUUGCGCGAUUGCCGAAGAUCCUGCGGGUGCCGUGGUUUUACAGGAGCCUGUGAACACGCGUGCCCCGAAUCGCCAGAGGAUCCUUCCGAAAAAGGCUCCAACACAUCGGACACCGGGCAACGGCCGAGCGAAGAAACACCGAAAGAAACUGCCGACUACUUCAGGGACUCCGUCGCGCCUUAACGAGUGACGAAGAUUUAGCGCGGGAAUGCGACCGGUCCUUCGGAAAUGAAUGGCGCCGAGGAUCCUUCGAAGACACCUUUGGGGCGAGCCCGUUCGCUCGCGACGUCGCUUUGGAAGAAGCUCAAGAUCAACGCCGCACUCGCGACCACAAAUCGCGCUCACGAUUAAGAUGUUACG